AUGUUUGAAGGAAUGGCACGAGUGCGUGCAACUCGGAGGCAGCUUCAGGAGGUUUUAGGUGAACGAGAGCAACGGUGUGAGGACGACGAUGACGACUACUGCCACAUCAUUGACACCAAUAUGGAUCAGGCCGAGGACGAAGCUGAGGGCAACAUCUGGGGUGAUUUUGGAGAUGACACGUUCAGCCCUGACACUGACGAUGAGAACGAUGAGAGCAACGGGCAAACAGAUGACGACAUCGAACGGAUGACUGAAACGAUUGCAUAUGAGGUCAUUGGAGAGCUCAUGGCGGGAGGAGCCAUCGAUCGUUCUAUAUUUUUUGAUGACGACGGCAGGCAGUAUGCCAUCAUCUAG